UCGGCUCGCCUUACCAAAAAAGGGGCGGGAAGAGAGAAAAGAUCACGGGAGAGUUGCAUGCUGGGAAAACACGUGUACCAGAAAAGCGGAGAGGUGACACUUGAAGUUUGCCGGCAUGUCGUCCAAAAAGAGCGGCGACGAGCGCUUCCUGCGGGUGCAGAAGGACCCCAGGUUCUGGGAAAUGCCCGAGAGAGAGCGCAAGAUCAAGAUCGACAAGCGUUUCCAGUCCAUGUUCCACGACAAGCGCUUCAAGGUGAAGUACACGGUGGACAAGCGAGGCCGUCCCAUCAACCACACCUCCACAGAAGACCUGAAGCGCUUCUACAACGUCUCUGACUCUGAGGAGGAGGAAGAGGAGGACGAGGAGGAGGGGAAGAAAAAGAAGAAAGUGAAGGAGAAGGUGGUGAAGGCCGAGGAAGAGGAGCAGAGCAAAGCUAAAGCGGAGCCUGAACGUGGAGUCCGAGUUAUUGAAGAGGGCGAGGAAGACGAUGAUGAGGAGCAGUCUGCAGAGGAUGAUCUGGGAGAAAGCGUCACAGAGGGCAGUGAGGAGGAUGAAGACGACGAUGAAGAAGACGAGAGCGAUGUGGAGAGCGGGUCAGACGAGGAGGCGGAGUCCGGUCUGGACUCAGACAGUGACAGCGGGCCGGAUCUGGCCAGAGGGAAGGGAAACAUAGAGACGAGCUCAGACGAAGACGACGACAGCGACGACGAUGAAGACGAAGACGAGGUGGGCGCCAUCCUGAAGAAGGAGGAAGAGGAGAUUGAACACGACUGGGGAGAGCUGUGCAAGGACGCUCCACGGAACGACGAGGUUUCGACCCGACUCGCCGUCUGCAACAUGGACUGGGACCGGAUUAAAGCCAAAGACCUGCUGGCUCUGCUCAACUCCUUCACACCUGAAGGAGGCGCCGUGCUGUCUGUGAAGAUCUACCCAUCAGAGUUUGGGAGGGAGAGGUUGAGGGCGGAGCAGACUCAGGGACCGCUGGAGCUCAGAGCUCUGCCCGACGACUCAGACGACGACACUGAGGAGGAGAAGGUUUACAGAGAGAAGAUGCGGGACUACCAGUUCAAGCGACUGAAGUAUUUCUAUGCCGUUGUGGAGUGCGACUCAGUCGACACCGCCGCCAAGAUCUACGCCGAGUGUGACGGCUACGAGUACGAGAGCAGCUGCUCCAUGCUGGACCUCCGGUUCAUUCCUGAUGAUGUAAAGUUUGACGAAGAGCCCAAAGAUGUGGCGACGGAUGUGAACCUCGCCGCCUACACGCCCAAACUGUUCACCUCAUCGGCCACAACGACCUCAAAGGUGCAGCUGACGUGGGACGAGACGGACCACGAGCGCGUGACCGCCCUGAACAGGAACUUCAACAAGGGCGAGCUGCUGGACAUGGACUUCAACGCAUACCUGGCCUCCUCCAGUGAGGACGAAGAGGAGGAGGGAGGGUUUGUGUUUGGAGAGGAGGAUGGAGACAGCACAGCAGGAGAUGAACCGACUGAGGAACCCGACGAGGAGGAGAAACCACAGAAAGACGAAGAGAAGAAGAAGAUAAAGAAAAAUAAAAGUGAGGAGCAGAUCUCCAAAUACAGAGAGCUGCUGAAAGGAAUCCAGGACAAAGAGAAGAAGAUACAGGAAGACAAAGACAUGGAGAUGGAGAUCACCUGGAUGCCAGGGCUGAAGGAGACGACGGAGCAGCUGGUGAAGAAGAAGCUGGAGGGGAAGGACAAGCUGACGCCCUGGGAGGAGUUCUUGGAGAAGAAGAAAGGCAGAAAGAAGCAGAAGAAAUCUCAAAGAAAACAGGGAGACAGUGAGGAAGAGCUCAGCGAGGACGAGCUUCCUCCUGACGUCGAUCUCAGCGACCCCUUCUUCGCCGAGGAGCUCGCUGCUACAGACGGGAAGAAACAGAAGGGGAAGAAAAAGAAGAAGGAAGAGGAGCGGACAGCUGAGGAGGAAGAGGAGCUGAAGAAACAAAAGGCGGAGAUGGCUCUGCUGAUGGAGGACGAAGACGACGAGGACGGCAAACACAAACACUUCAACUACGACCGGAUCGUGGAGCAGCAGAACCUGAGCAAGAAGAAGAGGAAGAAGCUGCUGAAGAAGGGCGAGGAGUCGCUGGAGGGCGACGACUUCCAGGUGGACGUUAAAGACCCUCGUUUCCAGGCCAUGUUCACCUCCCACCUGUUCAACCUGGACCCGUCCCACCCCGGCUACAAGAAGACCAAAGCCACGCAGAGCAUCCUGACAGAGAAGCAGCGCAGACGAGAGGAGGAGCAGCGCCGGACGGAGGACACGCUCGGGGGGAGGGAGGAGGCAGCCGCCGGGAAACAGGAAGUGGCGGGAAAGAAACGGGAAAAUGACUCUGACGCUCCGUCGGUCGAGGCCACUUCGAAGACAUCCAUGGACCCCGGUCUGUCUCUGCUCGUCAAGUCCAUUAAGAGCAAAACGGAGCAGUUUCAAGCUCGGAAGAAACAGAAGCUUGUUUAGGUCUGAGACCACAAUCAGAGACUGUUGUUCACUGACUGAGACUGUUGUUCACUGACUGAGACUGUUGUUCACACACUGACUGAGACUGUUGUUCACACACUGACUGAGACUGUUGUUCACUGACUGAGACUGUUGUUCACUGACUGAGACUGUUGUUCACUGACUGAGACUGUUGUUCACACACUGAGACUGUUCAGAGACAUUUUUAGUAAAAACUGAAUCCUGUUGCCUCCGAUCAUGUUGAAAUGUUUUAUUUUGAAACAGAAGAUCAGAUUUACGAAGCUCUACAGUUAUUUCAGAGUCAUUGCACAUGGUAGCAGUGAUUGAUCGGACCUCAUGCAACAACGGGUCGGUUCUUGGGACGGAAACUGUGACCCCCCCUCGCACAAACAGCACAGAGCAGAUCGCACUGGGAGGAACUUUAUCUCUGCGCUCUGAUGGCAGCUGUACUGUUCAUAUUAAAACAAAUAUUCUGAACAAAGA